AUGGAACGAUGUUCUUCAAUCGAACUUCGUCAAUCAUUAACGAAAAUCUUUCUUUUUCUUCUUCUGUCAUUUUUUACAACGAUUGUGAUUAAUAUUCUAUUAUCUAUAUUAAUUUUUAAAACAUCUCCAUUAUCAAUCUCAUCAUCAUCGUUUAAUUUACUAUCAACAAGUCAUAUAUUUUUUCCAUCAGAUAUCACAUCUUUGUAUUAUUCUCCCCAACAUCAUCAUGAUUUACAAACACAAUAUCAAGAACAAGAAUUAUUAGAAAACAAACGAACAUAUACAAAAAAUCAUUCACAACAAACAAAUAUUUCUAAUGAUCGUCGUCACGAAGCUGAAACAGCUCUACAUUUAGCCCUUAAUUUAGUAACAUCAAAUAAAUUUAAUAAAGCACGAAAAGUAUUUGAACAUGCAUUACGUCUUGAUCCAUAUAAUUCUGAAAUUCUUGUUGAAUAUGGACAAUAUCUUGAACAUCAUCAUAAAGAUUUAAUAAAUGCUGAACAUUUCUAUACACGUGCACUUGCUAAACAACCAACUCAUCUUCGAGCAUUAGAAUUGAAAAAACGUACAUUACCAUUAGUCGAAGAAAUUGAUCAAAAAGAUUUUAAUUUUAUUGAUAAUCUUCUUAAAGAAUUUUAUCGAAUACCUGAUAAAAAUCCUUAUUUAAGACGAGCAAAACGUGAUGCUUAUUAUUUACAUAUAUAUCAUUCGAAUGGUAUUGAAGGUAAUACAUUAAGUCUUCGUGAAACACAAUAUAUUGUUGAAACACGUUUGGCUAUUGGUGGAAAAUCACUUAUUGAACAACAAGAAGUUCUUGGUCUUGAUUUAGCUUUACAAUAUGUUAAUUGUACAUUAGUAAACCGUCUUGGUUCCAUAACACUUGAAGAUAUACUUGAAAUUCAUCGUCGAGUUUUAGGUUUUAUUGAUCCUAUUGAAGCAGGUCAAUUACGUAAACAUCAAGUUUAUGUUGGUUCAUUUAUUCCACCAGCAGCUGAUGAAGUACCUAAAUAUCUUGAUGAUUUUCUUAAAUGGCUUAAUUCAUUAGAAGAUACACGUGAUCUUCAUGCUAUUGAAUUAGCUGCUAUAGCACAUUAUAAAUUUGUUUAUAUUCACCCAUUUUUUGAUGGUAAUGGUCGAACAGGACGUUUAUUAAUGAAUUUAAUUCUAAUGAGAUUUGGUUUUCCGCCCGUAAUUAUUCAAAAAUCUGAACGUUUUAUUUAUUAUUCGCAUUUAAAUCAAGCUAAUGAUGGAGAUGUUCGACCAUUAAUACGUUUUAUAGCAAAAUGUACGGAAAGAACAUUAAAAGAAUUUAUUCAUCAAUCACAACCAACAAAAACAACUAGACAAGAUUUAAGAUUAAACGAUGAUAAUGAUAAUGGAAGAAAUUUUAUUGAAGAACGAGUGAUUAUAAUUGAAUAG